UCCAAGCUUUCUGUGUUCUUCCUCAGACUGUUCUUCCUCACAUUUCCAUCCAGGCCAACGGGACCAUGUCCACCAGCCUGACCACUUGUGAGUGGAAGAAAGUCUUCUACGAGAAGAUGGAGGUGGCAAAGCCAGCUGACAGCUGGGAACUCAUCAUAGACCCCAACCUCAAGCCCAAUGAACUGGGCCCGGGCUGGAAGCAGUACCUGGAGCAGCAUGCCUCAGGCAGGUUCCACUGUUCCUGGUGCUGGCACACCUGGCAGUCCGCGAAUGUGGUCAUCCUCUUCCACAUGCACCUCGACCGUGCCCAGCGCGUUGGUUCGGUGCGCAUGCGCGUGUUCAAGCAGCUGUGCUACCAGUGCGGCACCUCGCGGCUGGACGAGUCCAGCAUGCUGGAGGAGAACAUCGAGGGCCUGGUGGACAACCUCAUCACCAGCCUGCGCGAGCAGUGCUACGACGAAGACGGUGGCCAGUACCGCAUCCACGUGGCCAGCCGGCCGGACAGCGGGCUGCACCGCGGCGAGUUCUGCGAGGCCUGCCAGGAAGGCAUCGUGCACUGGAAGCCCAGCGAGAAGCUGCUGGAGGAGGAGGCCGCCUACACAGAUGCCUCCAAGAGGAAAGCCCAGGCCGGGUUUAUCUACAGCUUCUUCUCAUUUCGCUGGUGUCUGUUUUGGGGCGCCCUCUGCCUGGUUAUUGUCUAUCUGCAGUUCUUCCGAGGCCGCUCUGCCUUCCUUUAGGGGAACCGGUUAGGGGUGGGGAGAGGGGACAUGGGCUUGAGAGUGAGGAGGACUCUGGUCUCCUGAUUCUGCCACAAGUUCAAUCUACGACUCCGGUCAUCUGCACCCUGCUCACUCGUCUACCAAACGAGGAGUCUGCACUAGGAGAUGCCCAAUGGUCCCUCUACU